AUGCUUCACUCCUGCUUGGUUCCGGAUUGCAGGCCAUGCAUGCCCCUGGCACCGCCUUCGAAAUCGGCUCGGAAGCAAGGAGCCGCAGCUUGGGCAUGGCUACGAAUUAGAAAGAGAUGUUUGCCCAGAAGUUCCGCAGCUGCGCUAGGCUUGUUCGCGCCGUUGGCCGCGACCUUUGUGGCUGGCAGGCGGCGCUCUGGCUGUAACCCAACACGACAUCGGCAUCCCAGGCUAAGGCUUUUCUCGUCAGUUAUCAGCGAAGAGCAGCAGACCGCAUCCGAGGUGCUGGUGGAUUUCCAGACUUUCUGGAGAUGGAUCGUUCUCUUGGAGCGUCGCCGAGGUACUCGAGUGCUGAGGACCUACCGUGCAAUCGGCCGGCGGGUAAAGACGAUCAUGCGAAGGCUUCUGGAAUUUCGGAUCGUCGUAGAGCCGAGGAGGAUCCGAUGUUCAGGCUUGCCGAGGAACAGGUGGAAGCCUCUCUUGGCGAGCGCUGCGUCUGGAGGGUGGUUGACCAGAGUCCCAGCGAGCUGCUUGCAAGGCUGCUUAAGGACAACCCUCGGUCAGCAGUUGUGUUCCGCCCUCAGACUGGUGCCAGUCAGGAUUGGUACCUCGGGGUUUGUGGGCACCAUGUUCCGGUCCUUUAUGCUUGUGAAGUGA